AUGACGCCGAGAAGAGAUGUGUUUCUGGACUUCCGUGAGAUGUCAAGUGGCAGGGUCAGUAUGGCAAACAGCACAGUCUCAGAUGUCAAGGGAAUUGGCGAUGGUAAGCUGAAUCCAAGAGCGAAGAAAGGCGUUUUCACAGACUACCCUGAAGGAGUGAAAGGUUUCAAAGUUUGGCUCCUAGAAGAUCAGAAAGUGGUCAUCAGUAGAAAUGUUGUUUUCAGAGAGGAUAAGGUCUUCAAGGAGAUAGGUACAGAUUCAAACUCAAAGGAAGAUCAAGAUUAUCAGUCAAGGGCCAUCAGUGUUGACUUUCCAGAACCAGAAUCAGGUCGAGAUACAGCUCAAGGUGGAGAAAUUCCGAUAGCUGAGCAAGACAACAACAACAACACUCAUGGUGCAGAAGAUAACAAUGCAGAGCCAGAGGUAUUUGAAUUGAACAACUAUCAGUUAGCGAGAGAUCGACCGAGGAGAGAAACAAAACUUCCAGCAAGACUCGAAGAUUAUGAGUGUGACGAACGAGAUGGUGAAGAUUUCUUUGCUGGAAUUGCAACGUGGAUCCUAAUUGAAAGACCAAAGGGGCACAAGGCAAUUGGAUGCAAAUGGAUAUUCAAGAGAAAACCAGGAAUAAUUGGUGUAGAAGCUCCAAGGUACAAAGCGAGAUUAGUUGCAAAAGGCUAUGCACAGAAGGAGGGAGUAGACUAUCAAGAAAUCUUUGCUCCUGCUGUCAAGCACGUGUCAAUCAGGUACAUGUUGUCUGCAGUAGUUCAUUACGAUAUGGAGUUGGAGCAACUUGACGUCAAGACAGCAUUGCUUCAUGGAAACUUAGACGAGUUUAUCGUAAUGGAGCAGCCUGAAGGUUUUGUAGACAAGAGGCUGAUGCACUUGCAUUUUGCAUAG